AUGAGCGGUUCGUCGUUUCAGUGGACUCCCGAGAGCUUGCGAGCAACGAUCGGCGACGAAACGAAGCUCCGAACUGUGUUCGAACGAGCCAACGUCACCGGAACUGGGACGAUCAGAGGCGAGCAAGCGGUCGCGUUCCUAAGACCCAGCGGUUUACGCGACGGCGAGUUGAGUAAGAUCUGGAAGGCAUCGACUCGCGGGACGGGCGCGCUGAGCUCUCCGAGCGAAUUGGGACAGUGCCUCGAGCUCGUGGCGCGAGCGUUGGAGCUCGAGAUGCCGAGCGAGGGGAUGACGACACCGAGCGGGGAAAAGAGCGGGUUCGGAGGGACGCCACGGACGCCCGCGAGCGCGAGCGCGGCGACGGUUCACGCGGCGCCCAUGACGGAGGCUGAGCGUAAGAAGUACUUUGGACACUUCCGGACGAUCGACGCGGAGGGUAAGGGGAACGUGAGCGUGGACACGGCGGUGAAAUUUCUCUCCAAGGCGGCGUUGCCUCUGCUCUCGGUGCAGUUGUGCGUCGCUCGGGCGACACGGGGUGGGAGUUCGGUCGACCGGGACGCCUUCGCCGUGGCCAUGCACGACGUCUACGCGCUCAUUCGGGCGCAGGGUAAGACGCCGGUGACGCCCGUUGCGACCCCGAGCGCGCCCGUUGCGGCGCUGACGAACGACACGUCCUCGUCUGCGGCGGAUGACAACUUCUUCUCGAGCAUGGGACCACCCAAGCAGGGCGCGACCGCGUUGGAGGCGACCAGCCCGAUGUCUUUCAACGAGGCGCUUCCGAUUGCACGAUAUGACGACGCCGCGCGACUCGAGCGCGAGGCGGAAAUGAAAACGCAGAGCGCCAAACGUGAAAAAGAAGCGGCUGAGGCUGCUCAAGCCGCAGCAGACGCUCGCAUCGCUCGAGCUACGAGAGCCAUUGAAGCCGCCGAUGAGGACAUUGCCGCUGCGCGAAAAGCGGUUGAACGAGCGGAAGAAGAAGCCGAGAGGAGAAAACGUGAUGCGACGGCUCGACUAGAUGCUGCGCGGAAACAGCACGCCGAGCUCGUGCAACGCGAAGGGAGCGUGAAGCGCGAAGCCAUGGAAGCCAUCGCCGCGAAGAAGACUCAAUACGAGUUGACUGUUUCUGAGUACGAGCGUCUCAAGGCCCAAGUCGCAAACGCAUCCGCGGUUGCCGCGCUUCCGGUCAAGGCGAUGCAGGACAAGCUGACGAAGAUCGAAGAGGAGACUCGCGCGAUCAAAAUGCAAACUGACAAGGCUGCCGCCGACGCAUCUCAAGCUUUGAUGAAGCGCGCGGUCGAGGUGGCAAAGGCCGAUAGAGCGAAAGCCGCUGCGCUCCGAGAGUUGGAAGCAGUGAAUUCGAAGCUCGAAAUGGAGAAGUCACGCAUCGAGAAGCAGUUGGAGUCACUGCAGGCCGAGAUAGAGUCUUGCAUCGCUAAACGGGAGGCAAAGUCUGCGGCUCAUCCGGGAUUGAUGGAUGACCUUCACGAUAAGCUUCAAAAGUACAAGGCUGACGCGGCGAAGGAGAAGGAGCAAACCUCGAAAGCUAUUGCCGAGUUCGAACAAGAGACAUCUGACCUCAAGGCCACGAUAGCAUUGGCCAAGGCAGAGCUUGAGGCCGUGCAAUCUGCCAUGGAGAGCGAUUUGGCCACCCACAAAGUUCAACUCGAGGAGAAGAGAACGGCACAUCAAGAAGUAACGGAAGCCGUGCGACAAGCGCUUGAGAGACGUCGAAAGCUCGCUGAAUCUCAGGCGUUGGAGAUUUCGGCGCUCAACGACAAGGUUGUCGAGGCGGAGACUGCUCUUCAGAUGGAAGACGCCGCGAUGGAUGCUCAGGAACAGACGCAUCAAGAAGAAAUGAAUGCCAAGGAGAGCGCCUUGGCCGAGCUCAACGCAAAAAUCGAUGCGAUUCGGUCGCAGAUGGAACUUAAUUACUUGGCGUCGCAGAAGGCUCUCAGCGAUGUCGAGGCGCAGAUCGAUGCGGCGGAGGAGAAGUUCCGGGAGCAACAGGAGGAACGAGAUUUGGGUUUGGAAAAGUUGAAGCUCGAGCACGACGAGCUCGAAGAAAAACUCGCAAUCGCGAAGGAUAAACAGGAGCAAAAUGUUAGGGAUAAGGCGGACAACGACGUUCUCAUCGCGUCCAAACGCGCGGAGCUUCAAGAACUCAGAGAACUGGUAUCGCAGGAAUCGUCACGCAUCGAGCGUGAGAUUGCUGAAACGCAGGAAGAAUUUGCCGUGGCUAAAGCCGCGCUUGACGCUGAGCGGAAUGCGCUAAAUGCCGCGCUUGAGAAAUUACGCGAGACGCUCCCAAAGUCAGCCGCGUUCGUCGCUCAAAUCCAAGCGCUUCGCUCGUCGGGAGACCGCUAUGAGAUUUAUAAAACCGAGGCGGAAGAUACCGCUGAGAAAGCCAUCGCGACGUACGAAGAGAUCAUGAAACGUCUCGAGGCGGUAGCUUUGGAAGAGGCGGAGGGCGCAGCGGGCGACGAAGAGGACAUUGUUCUUGAUUCGGCGCACUCAGCGCUCGCGCACGCUCUGGAAGUAUCUUCAACGAAUUUCGAACCAGAGCCAAAGCAUGAGCGUCUUCCAUCUUUUGUUGAUUUCGAAGUUUCCCCAGUUGCUGGUACCAAGUCUGGAGCCUUUGACACAGACUUUGAUUCAGAACCGUUCGACGAGACAGACGCGUUCGCAGCGCCUUCGGCGCGCGGAGACGACGUCUUCGGUUCUGCGCCUGCAGAGGACGCGUUCGCUCCAAUGGGCGAGUCAGAAUCAUUCAUCCCAAUGGAUGAAUCAGAUUUAUUCGCCCCGGCUGGCGAAUCAGAUGCCUUCGACACUACCGCGUUUGACACCGACCCAGCGGCUGACAGGCAGUUCCGAUCAUUCUCGAUGGACGAGCCCGAGCCUGAGCUGAAGGAUCCUGAGCCGAUGGCGUCGUCGGGAGCUCUUGUUGCAUCAAGCGCUCCGCGCGAGAACUCCUUCAGCGCGUUCGAAGAGUUCAAGCCGGAAAGUACCGAUGAUGUGUAUGGUGUUUCUCUGGAAUUCAGUGGCGCGGACGUCACGAGCGAUGAGAAACGGUCGCCGCCUGAGGAUUUAUUCGCAGCGACUCAAACGAAGAGCAUCGAUGGGAGUGACGCAUUCACAACGUUUGAUAACGAAGCCUUCACCUCUAACGCGGACGAGCAGUGGCAGAAUGACUUCGCGGUGUCGCCUCCACGUGAAGAGGUGUCGUGGAACCCCGAUGAGUCCACGGACGACGCCUUCAUGACGGCUCAAAAACCGCCCUCUGGUUUCGACGACGGUUUCGAUGCUCCAGAGGCGAACGAGAAUGACUCCGUCUUCGCCACCCCUAGCGCCGCUUUGACAUUCCAGGGAUCAAUUUUCGGCGCGUCAGAAGAAGGUUCGGCCGCACCCACAACGCCCAUGGAUGAUUAUGCGGACGCACAAGAAGAGAUGGAUGAAACUGAGGAGCUUGGUCCGAUUCCACCAGACGAUAUGUCUCGAAGCAACGCAGCGUGGGAAAAGCUGCGCGGCGACGCCAACUCAGAAGGUGUGACGGGUGCACAAAUCGUGGCCAUCGCGACGAAGACUGGGUUAGAAAACUCAGAUCUGGCCAUAAUCUGGAACAUUUCGUGCACACCAGGGGCGAGCGAGCUAAGCAUGUACGACUUUGCGCUCUUCAUGCACUUCUUGAAGCAUCGUGUGAAUGGAGGUCAACUUCCCCGUCAAGAAGAAGUCGACUUGACCAAGCGGGCAUAUCUCUUAGGCGUUUCCGAAACGGACCUAGAACCACCGUCACCAGCGGCGUUGAUUCACGCGGAGACGGCUGAGACGACGCGAGCAGAGACGCGCCAAGAGCCGUCGUCGCCGGCGCGCGGCCCGAGCUCUGCUUCGCGCCUCCGCGUGCAUGUCGAAUCAGUUGCAAACGUCAAGGACGCGCCAAAAAUGUCGUCGACGCACUUUAGCAUCACAGUCGUCGAUGUCGACGGCACUGCGCUCGAGCCUCCGCAGAACACUCCGAUCGGGGCCCAAAUCACCUCAGAAGGCGUCAUUCGCGUCCAAGGCGGCGUCGUCCUCAACUCCGUUCCGGCGAACUGGCCAGAAGGAUCCGCCGUCGUGUUCGAGCUCCGACACUACAAAGAAAAAGAAAAGAAAAUGUCGACUAGGUGCUGGUCUUACAUGGAGAAGGAAUCCGUCCGCCCCGGUCUCUUCGGGCUCCCGCUCGCCGUGAAACCCACCGACGUCCGACGGAAGAAAGUCAAGCUCUACAACGCCGGCAAUCCCGAUCUCAAGGUUCGCUUCAGCCUCGUCGACGACGAAUAG